AGAAAAAUUGUUGUUUCAUUUUCAGAAAGUUCUCGAAUAAAGUCAACAUUUACUGCCUUUCUGUUCAUUUGUUUCCUUUAAAUAAUAGCCAUGCCGAUUUCUGAGAAUGAGAACAAUGAUGCCACUUCAGAUCCUGCAGGAGAUGGAGGCACUGCUAGCAGUAGCAGCAAUGGGAGUGGUGGUACCCCACCGCCACAACAAGGGGGUUACAACUUCCAAGCAGUCAAGGAACAUAUGAUGGCAAACAAAGUUGAAGCUGCCUUGUGGGGCACGAGAGUCUUCACGGUGUUUUCUGCCAUCUUCUUCAUGAUACCACUCUUGGGAAAUCAAAUGUCAUUCUACCAGCGAUCGCUGAUCAGCAGUGCAGCUACUAGCGCCCUCCGACUUCACCAGCGACUACCAAACUUUCAGCUGAACCGAGAAUUCUUCGGCCUUCUCUUCAUGGAGGAUAGCUGCCACUAUCUCCUCUUUGCAUUGAUAUUCAUUAACAGUCACCCAGUGACAUUGGCUUUGAUUCCAGUGUUCCUUUUUGCUCUUUUACACGCCACCAACUUCACAAAAGUUAUAUUGGAUAAACUUGGACCAAAUUCCCUGCAGACGUUAAGAAAUCUCAUUACGAAGCUGGAACUGCAGCAGCGAUCCAUUCUAAGGUUUAUAGCCUGUACGGAGAUAUUCCUCAUGCCAGCUAUCAUCAUCAUGAUAUUCACGGGUCGAUCAAGUAUACUGUUACCGUUCGUUUAUUAUCGAUUUCUCACGCUAAGAUACGCCUCAAGGAGGAACCCAUAUUCCAGACAACUCUUCUAUGAAAUGCGCGUGGUUGUUCAUCAGCUGGUCUCCAAGCCACAGUGUCCAGGAUUCAUCAGCAGCCUGUGUUUCAAGGUGAUGGAUAUCAUUUGCAAGUUAGCCCCACAAGUCGCACCAGAUGCAGCCCGGGCUCAGUGAGAAGGACUUGAUCACACCUGGGGUUUGCUGCACAAAGAUUUUCAUCGCAAAACGAGACGUUUUUGCCAUUUUCAGAAAAUGGUAUCAAACUUUGGAAUAAACUGAAAUCUUUGCAUGUUAUUCAUAUUUAAUGGUUUACAGUUUGCAUGAAUGUUCUGAACUUUGCAGGGCAGGGAGUCAUUAUAUGGAAAAUACUAUAGUAAUAAUAUGGUUUUAACUCCAUAAUGUGGUUAUUGCACUUAUCUUGUUUUGCGAUGAAACCCAACACAAGUUACCUUUGGGUGUUUUUUUUACGUAGAGCCACCGAACCUUGAGGUGAAACAUCAGGGCUGAAAUUUCUGUGACUUUCAUGACUGGCCAGGAGCCACGGUGGUGUAUUGGCUCGGGCCUCGGACUUGCGGUCAAGAGGUCUCUAGUCACCCACUGCCGGCGUGAGACUCUGGGCAGGUCUCUUUGUCAGGUCCACCCAGGUCUUUAAAUGGGUACCAGUCGGAAAUGCUCAGGUUGUAACACUGAUUACAGAGCAACUCAUCUGAGUUCUACUGAUAGGUUUCAGCUUAGACUUGGGAAUAAAUGAAAAGUGCUUUGAGAAUGUUGUACAUUUUAGAGCGCUGUAUAAGAAUGUGAAGUUAUUUUUUUAUUGAUCUUCAGCCAAAUGACAGAAAUGGAUUCACUGAACUUGUGAAAUGUUAGUGUGAUCAAUUGUGGCUGAAAAUGGUUCCAUCUGAAUACGGUGAUGACAGUUGUGAAAUUUCAGCCCUGAACACCCAUUGAGCAUGUAAAUGCAUUUUUCAUUCUGAAGCAGUAGCAUACGGGUUGAGGUGACCAACUGCCACAAUCAAAAACCUCGGCAAAAUUAAUAUAUUCCUUUUUGCCUGUUUAGCAAUCACCAUUGAGAAUAAAAUAUGUCAUUCUUCAAUUACUUCUGUGGUGAAUGGUUACCAUUCGAUAAAUUGUUUGAGGAGUUUUGCGGUUUAAUGAGAGUGGACCAACUCAGUGCAGCUCAUGACUUAUCUAGCUCUAGUAUAUUGGUAUCAUAAUGGACUAAACUACAAUGUUCUGUGUAGCCUAUUGGUUACAGAACUGGCAUUUGAAUAACAGAAUAUUAACUUAUUUUUUUGUAAAUAUGUCGACGUUAUUGUCUAUAUUAUAAUAUAUGUAGCAACAUACAGAUGUGAGAUAGAAAAUACUGUGACAUAACGACUAGAUGUGACUCGCUCUACCAAAACUAGGCGCUUGUCGCAUCUGAACUCGACAGGUUGAUACGGACUUGUUGUUCAUUUCCCUAUUGUAGACCUUUUGUGAAAUCUAUUACAAACUGAUUUGGUCACAUUUCACAAAAGGUCUACAAUAGGGAAAUGAACAACAAGUCCGUAUCAACCUGUCAAGUUCAGAUGCGACAGCGCCUAGUUUUGGUAGAGCGAGUCACAGAUUAGGAUUGCCAUGUGUACUGCUUGUUCCCAAUAGCCGCUGUUCGACAGGGGGCAGCACCUGUUGGGGAGGGUCUAGGAGACCAAGGGAGGUGGGGCACCCUUGAGAAUGAAGGAGGUGGGUGGCCAGGGAAAUUUUACCAAAAUUCAUGGCCACUUUUUGGCCAAGAUUUCUGCAAUAUAAAGUGCAGGUUCUGCCUCCUUCUCUAUCUGCUCCUGCAUGAUAUGUUGAAAUCAUGGUAUCUCCAACUACUUCUCAAGACACUCAACAAGUUUCAGUUCUGCAGCAAGGUUGGUUGCAAAAUCUUUAUAUGCUUUAUAGUUCGCCGGGCAACAAUAAUUGACUUUUUGAAAUCCGUCUUUGUCCUGAAACGGUGAUGGGAAAAGACAAAUUUAUACCUAUAAGGCCGCAAUUAUAUAGAGUUCUUGUUUACACACGUGACGUGUCACUGUUCACAGGGGACAUGAAGAACAAAUGAGUCAUUUCCAGAGAGCAGGCUGCACACGAUUCACGAUUCACGAUAUCACUUUUCACCCUCGUGUCGUGUUUUCAGGUCUAACUUACGACAAUUGAAACGUGAAUCCCAUAUAACUCUGGCCUAAGGUGCUGCCCUCCAACAGAAAAAUGAGCAAUAGCGUGUCUAAAGUUAGCAUAAAUGCCUUACUAGGUACUUUUUCAGGUUCUUGUGAAAGUAACUGUCUGUUUCCAGAUCUCACAUCAAUGAUAAAUGUUUUCAAAAGGAUGUUGAACAAUCUCUGUAUUUUCUUUAUAAAUGUUGUAAAACAAUGUAAAACAUCUGAGGAAGAUUUGCUAUUGAAGGAAACUGGGCAGGUAAUAUAUUCAGAUUAUCUAUUUGUAGUUUCGUAUUGUGUUACUUUUAAAGCACAUUAUUUUUCUUUUAAUUUUCACUGACAAUUUUCAUCAUCAAUUUUGUAUUGUUGGCGACUUGGCCCAUAAUUGGGCCUUUGCCGUUUUGGAUUCUGUUGCUGUUGCUGUCGAAAAACUGCCUGGUUUGUGAUAAUGUGCUGUCGGUUGACAGCAUCUUUCUUGACAUCGCCACCCUUUACUGUUCCCGUUGGUGCGUUGAUGACAAAGUGCGCCACCAAAUGGCGUACAUUUGACACCCAAAAUGACAUCUUGCUCUGGUGAGAUCAUCUGCACAUCCACUAGAGCAGAAAGAACACACUCUUUUUUCUUGAUCUCAAUAGUUGUAGUUCCACCUAUCAUAAAACCCCGUGUCUUUUCAAGACCCGUGUCUUCACCGUGUGUCAAAAAAGCCGGGGCGCACUCUCACCUAUCUAUGGUGUCAGAUAAUGGUUAAUAGCCCCGGCGACAGGUGCGCUGUAGGUAGGGAGCUCUCCUGUGUUUCUUUCCCGUUGGAGGGGGCGCAAUACCGAGGCAACUACACCGCGCUAUCUGUCACCGGAUCUUAGAACUUGCAAUUGCCAUGUCUAUUCAGAUUCCACCUAUCAAAAAACCCGUGUUGAACACGGGUCUAAAUUAGCCCCCAUUUAGCCCCAUCGAGCUCGACGGAGCUUAUAGACACGGGGAUUUGACACACGGGUCUAUUUAGACACGGCAAUUCAUAGGUGUAAGCGCAAAAGACACGGGGAUUUGAUAGGUGGAAGUACGACUGAUGUUUUGAGAUAAGACAUCCAGUUUAGGACCUCCCAGUCUGCUAGCUUUGUAUGCCUGAUAUCAAAUAACUGCCUGGUAUCAGUUGAGAAGUACUGAUAAGUGAGAUUAAUGGUUAUUUUUUUCUCAUCCAUGCAUGUAUACAUGAUUGUAAGGUCUCGAUGUGUUGUUGCCAAGGUAUAAAUGUUUCUCUUUGGUAAAUAUAAAUGCAUAUGAAAACAA